AUGUCCAAAAAAAUAACCCUCACGCUCCUUGUUUACCUCGUCGCCAUUUUCGCCGUCUCUUCCCUCGUGGAAGCGAAUGGUUUUGAAUCCAUCCACCGCAGAGAUCAUGAAAAUCUGAAGCGGUUAAUUAAGAAACGUGCAACCGCCAGUAGUCCUGUGGAAGGAGUCGGAAGCGAGCCAUCAGUCACAGAAACCGCCGCGGGUACUACUCUCUCGACGAGUUCUGCGGCUUCGUCUCAAGCAUCUAGUACGUCAGCAGCAUCGGCCUCUGCUUCCUCCUCGGUCUCAAGUAGUGCAUCUUCCACUACUUCCUCUUCCGUUUCUUCCAGUAGUGCCAGCACCAGCUCCUCUGUGUCUUCUUCCGCGAUUUCUUCCAGCGCUUCUAGCUCUUCAUCUUCAUCGGUAUCAUCGUCCAGUAGUGCUACUGGCCCCACUACUACGGCCACUUCUACUUCGAGCACCCCUCAGGUUACCCAAGCUCCCACCGCUACGGAAGAUACUGAGCCAAUCACCAGUGUGAUAUCGGGUGUCCUAGUCACACUCACAGAAUCUGUGGCAGCAUCCUCAACGGCAUCUUCGAGUUCCUCCGUUUCGGGAGAUAUAUCGUCGAGCGACGGAAAGAAAGCAGGUAUCACUGUGGUCAUUGUGAUUGCUUCGUGUGUUGGUGGAGUGGCCAUUCUUUGGACCAUCUUCCGAAAAUGGAAACUCGGUCGCUCAUCGAAGUUCGACCAACGUCUCCAGCCCAUCAACUGGCAGCCCACUACUGAAGACGGCAUAGACAGUGGUAUUCCCAUCCACCGUCGUCGCGCCUCCGAUACCUCUUCUUUCCACUCCGGCGUACACAGUGGCCCUUCUGAUAUGGGACACCGUAGCUCUGAGAACGGACACAGCACGUAUGGUGCAGCUGACUUGCCACCCCUCCCAUCCCACGACUUUACUGUAGGACCUUCGCAUUUGACGCCUGUCGGUGGGUAUGCCGAUCUGGCUAGGGGCCCCAGCCCACAACCUCAGAUGCAGGAAAACUUGACUCGUGGUCCCAGUAUCAAUCGCAACUAUGACCAUAAUGUCCCGUUGCAUCAUCAAACUGGAUAUGGAGCUACUGGUGGAUUCUAA